AGAAAACACCGUCGCGUGCAAAAUAUAACAUAAAUAGAAAAUUUUCGAAAUAUAACAACAAUAAUUAAAAUGAGCGGUCCGUCGCGAACAAAUAAAUGGCGUUUAGCUCAAGAGAAGAUAAUCAAAGAGUCUGAGCAGAAUUGUAUGGAACGGGUAUACAGUUCCAUCGGCAACUCAAGCGUCACUGCAAUUCAUCAAAAAUUGGACAACUUGAGUUCAAGAUUGAGCUCUUUGGAAUCAAACGUGGCCAACGUCUUGGCUGUUGUCAAAAAACUUGCUGUCAAUUCAAAAUUUACCGCUUCUGUCGAGUUCCCGGUUGAGAAUCUGAGCUCCUUAGAGGAGAUUAACAAAAAAGUUGAGGAAGAUUCACAAAGAUAUGUUGCAUUGUUAAGAUCAACGUUGAUGCCAGAAGGAGUAAUUAAAAACUUGGGUAGAGUUCUAAGCUUAUCGCUUAUUAUGGAUAUGAAUUAUGGUGGAACGUUCUCCAAAAAAGGUUUAAACUCAUUUGAAUCGCUCAAUUCAGCUCUCUAUGAAGCAGUGAAGAGGGAUGGAUACACAUUUGAUGAUUAUAAAAGAGACGUUCGUCUUGCAUUCAGCAAAGCAAAAAAUAAAGUUUACAAAAGAAACACAGAACUUAACAAACAAAAACAACAACAGAUAGAGACGAUCUUUAUUAAAGAGGACGAGACUGAAGAAACUAUAACUGACGAGGGCGUAAAAAAAAGAAAGAAGAAAAAAACAAUUACUUAACCUAUUUAGUAGUUUUGUGUUUCAUCAUCACCUUAUUUAUUAAUUUCAUUCAAUCAUUAAACAGAAAAAUUUA